CCACUUCAGGCCCAGUCACCAUGGCCAGAUGGUGAAACCUGAGCUGGUGGGGAGGAGGACCUCCACCCCCUGCAGGGACCUGAUGGGCAGCACAGCUGGCCAAUCCUGGGGCUCAGAGGGUAGGUGGGCUGGCUGACCACUAGGUUUGGAAGCCCCAGGCAGCUGGCUCUAAAGAGGCCCCAGGUCAGUAGCCAGACAUAAACUGUGAGGGUCAAGCACAGCUAUCCAUCUGAUGAUCUACUUUCAGCCUUCCUGAGUCCCAGACAAUAGAAGACAGGUGGCUCUACGCUUGGCCAAGGGUAGGUGUGGCACUGGUGUCUGCUGUCACUGUGCCCUCGUUGGCCCCCAGCAAUCAGACUCAACAGAUGAAGCAACCGCCAUCCGAGGCUACCGAACCACCAGGGCCAUUCACCAGGAGUAUGGGGCUCCCUGAUGUCCAGCUCUGGUUGGUGCUGCUGUGGGCACUGGUACAGUCACAGGGGACAGGGUCUGUGUGUCCCUCCUGUGGGGGCCCCACACUGGCACCCCAAGCAGAACGAGCUCUGGUGCUGGAGCUAGCCAAGCAGCAAAUCCUGGAGGGGUUGCACCUGACCAGUCGUCCCCGAAUAACUCAUCCUCCACCCCAGGCAGCGCUGACCAGAGCCCUCCGGAGACUACAGCCAGGGAGUGUGGCUCCAGGGAAUGGGGAGGAGGUCAUCAGCUUUGCUACCAUCACAGCAGACUCCACUUCAGCCUGUAGCUCUCUGCUCACCUUUCACCUGUCCACUCCUCGGUCUCACCAACUGUACCAGGCCCGCCUGUGGCUGCACGUGCUCCCCACCCGUCCUGGCACUCUUUACUUGAGGAUCUUCCGAUGGGGACCCAGUAGGAGGCGCCAAGAGUCCCGCACCCUGCUGGCUGAGCACCACAUCACCCACCUGGGCUGGCAUGCCUUAACUCUGCCCUCUAGCGGCCUGAGGGGUGAGAAGUCUCGUGUCCUGAAACUGCAACUAGACUGCAGACCCCUAGAAGGCAACAGCACAGUUAUUGGACAACCAAGGCAGCUCCUGGACACAGCAGGACACCAGCAGCCCUUCCUAGAACUUAAGAUCCGAGCCAAAGAGCCUGGAGCGGGCCGGACCAGGAGGAGGACCCCCACCUGUGGGCCUGCGACCCCCUUAUGUUGCAGGCGAGACCAUUACAUAGACUUUCAGGAGCUGGGAUGGCGAGACUGGAUACUGCAGCCCGAGGGGUACCAGCUGAAUUACUGCAGUGGUGAGUGCCCUCUUCACCUGGCUGGCAGCCCAGGCAUUGCUGCCUCUUUCCAUUCUGCCGUCUUCAGCCUCCUCAAAGCCAACAACCGUUGGCCUGCCAGUACCUCCUGCUGCGUCCCCACUGCCCGAAGGCCCCUCUCUCUCCUCUACUUGGAUCGUAAUGGCAAUGUCGUCAAGACGGAUGUGCCAGAUAUGGUGGUGGAGGCCUGUGGCUGCAGCUAGCAGGAGGACCUGGGGCUUUGGAAUGAAGAGACCAGGUUGGAGAUUCCCAGGCACAGAGCAUCUGUGGCUGGAGGCAUCAGAUUCCUGAUCCACCCCCAACCCAAUAGCCAUCUGGCAAUAUGACUCUCUCAACCCCUAUGGGACACAAAUGGGCACUUUCUUGUCUGAGACUCUGGACUGAUCCAGGUUGGUUGAUGUGUUGGGAGAUGGGUAAAGCGUUUCUUCUAAGGGGGUCUCCCCAGAAAGCAUGAUUUCCUACCCUAAGUCCCGUGAGAAGGUGUCAGGACUAGGGAGGGAAGGCGGGAAGGCAGAGAAAAAUUACUUAGCCUCUCCCAAGAUGAGAAAGUCCUCAAGUGAGAGGAAGAGGAAACAGAUAGAUGGUCCAGCAAGCUUGGAGGGUAAGCAGGCUGACCCAGGGUAAGAGCUGUUGAGAUGCCUUAAGGGAGGGUCAAGAAGGAGAUGAACAAGGCACUGAGGGAGGAUGCUUAGGGGUGCCCCAGAAACAGGAGUCAGGAAAGAGAGGUGCUAAACCUAAGAAGGUCCCUGGUUUUUCCCAGAAGACAGGACCCAGUGGGAGACAAGCAUUUAUACUUUCCUCAUGAAAAGGAGAAAGAGCUGGGUGCAGUGGCUCACGCCUGUAAUCCCAGCACUUUUGGAGGCUGAGGUGGGUGGAUUACUUGAGGUCAGGAGUUCAAGACCAGCCUGACCAACAUGGUGAAACCCUGUCUCUACUAAAAAAAUACAAAAAUUAGCCGGGUGUGGUGGCGGGUGCCUAUAAUCCCAGCUAUUUGGGAGGCUGAGGCAGGAGAAUUGCUUGAACCUGGGAGGCAGAAGUUGCAGUGAGCCAAGAUUGCGCCAUUGCACUCCAGCCUGGGCAACAAGAGAGAAACCAACAAAUGUGAGUCAUAAAGAAGGGUUGGGGUGAUGGUCCAGAGCAAUAGUUCUCCAAGUGUGCUCUGGAGGCUUCCGGGAGAUCCCUUUUCAGGGGUGUCCACAAAGUCAAAGUUAUUUUUAUAAUAAUACUAACAUGUUAUUUGCCUUUUAAAUUCUCAUUAUCUUAAAAUUGUACAGUGGAGUUUUCCAGAGGCUGUGUGACAUGUGAUUACAUCAUCUUUCUGACAUCAUUGUUAAUGGAAUGUGUGCUUGUACAGUCUUGUGUUACAGUCCUUUUCAGUUUUAAUUUCUAAUGUAAUGAAUUGAUAGAUGUAUAUCA